GGACCUGGCAACCCGGAGGAUGCGCCGGAUGCAGUAGGCAGUAUGGCGGACGGCGAGAGUGAUAUAGAAACUGACGGGCUUGAAUUAGCUCUAGAGUCGUUAUGCAGCCGUUACUGCAGCGACGUGUCCGACUCGAAAAGCAAAGACUAUUGUUCUGAGUUUUGUACGUUGGUGGAAGAGUACACCGGCCAGUGGCAAGUUCCUCUCCCUCAGCUGAAAGUGCUGCGGACAGCACUCUGCAGUUUCACAAACGCCACAGCCAAAUUCCCUGAUGACUGCCAACAUAUCCAUAACCUCCUCAGCCGCCUGGCCUUGAGUUUCUUUGAACUGAUGCUGUUUUUUAGCAAAGAGGAAUUUGAGGAAGAGCCUUUAAAACACAUCUUAGACUCCUAUCAGGCAUGCCACGUGGUGCUUUUAAGGCACAGGAAUGUUUAUCUUCAGCAUCUAAAGCAUAUCAUAAACGCCGGUGGUCCGUGGGAGAAUCAAGUACUGCAGGGAAUCCUGAAAGAGAAGCAUUUGCCUCCAAAAGAGGUUGAGGAUUACUUGAGCUCAGAGUUGCCGGUUUUCUUGGAGCUGCGGGUUCGCUACCUGCAAGCUUGUGAAAGAAUACAGGAAGCCAUGGCACUGGCUAAAGUGUGCCUGGAGAACCACAAGACCGGAAAACAUCUCUACUUGCAUCAGGCAUACUUAAUCUGCCUUUACAAGGCCUCACUGCACGAGCAUCUUCACAAGGAGAUGGCAGAUAUCGAUGGCCAUGAUGCAGUGGAGAUAAUCUGUAACACCGAACGAGUUGAAAAAGAUGAGCUCCUCUUGUCUUUAUGCAAAGCAUUCCUGGCCCAGCAGUUACACAAUGGAGACAUGUACUACAUAUGGGACCUGGUGUUCAUCUGGAGCAGGUUGCAUCUUCGGGCCCACCCGUCAACACCAGACUUCCUGGCUGAGUGCUUACAGCUGGCAUCCUCUGCAACCAACGUCCGGGCCAUCUUUCCCUUCAUUAAACUGGUUACUACUGAGAUGGGCGUCGACGGGGUGCAAGUCUGCGUGGAGCUUUGUGCCCAAGCACUGCAGCUGUGCGACACGCAAGCCGACGCCGUCGCUCAGUCACUGGUCUACAAGACCAUCGCCUUCCUUCUACCCAGAGACUUGGAGAUCUGUCGAGCGUGUGCCUUGCUAGUGUUCUGCCUGGAGCGAAGCCUGGAAACGUACCGAACCGUGCGCUUGCUUUACAUGCAUCCCGACCAAGAGCCACAUCCUCACGACAGUCCUGUCCGAACCAACGUCCGCUUCAGAAUUCUGCAGAUGCUCAAGGAACGUCUGUGUUUUGACCCAGAGUUUUUGAAUAUCUUGGCACUCAGGACGCGCUGCUUGGAGCUGAUAAAUGACAACGGCAUGAAAGAUGCUCUUCUCAAUGAGAUCGAGGAAGAGGAAGAACACUGUGACGAGUUGUUUACAAGUACUUGUAUAAAUGAUUCUUAUGUUCAAGAUUCAAGUUCCUGCAAGUGCAAUGAAACCGCAGUUGAGGAGCAGACCCCUGCACAGGAACAUCCUUCGGAUAUCCAGGCAAUAAGCCCAACAAGCCACGCUCCUCUGAGGAAGAGAAAAUGGGGCAGGAGACUGCACAGGAAAAUCCAGCUUGAUGAUGAUGAUGAUGAAGCAGACCCAGGGGAUGAUCCUGAAUUCACAUACAAUCUGAAAUCCGCUUCUUUAUCCAAUAAACCUGUGUACGCACUGAGACGCAAUCAUACCAAGAGGGAAAAUUGCUCUUCCGUCAAGCUCCCUUCGAACCGAGAGUAUUUGUCUCGGUGUGUGAAAAGCCAAAUAAUGAAAAGGAAAGGCAGGAGGAAGAGAUGGUUGCAAGGUCUUCCUGCGCUGGAGGCAGCACAGACCGUGCAAGAGAAGGUAGUCUUAGUGAAAGGGAAAAAGCGAGGCAGGAAACCUUUGCAAAAAUGGGAAGUCUCUUACCCGGAUAAUGAAAUAUCUGUUCUCGGGGAGAAACCUGAAACUGAAAACAGUGUGGAGAAUGAACUUGAACCGGACAGGGCACAGAAGCAAGCACGGGACAGUGACGGCGCUGAAGGUUCCGAUAGUUGUGGUCCUGCCUCUGGGCCGUUGCCCCCCGCUGUUGAAGCUGAGCCCGAGCUUGACGGACCGCUCCUCGACUUACUCAGUUGUCCGGUGGAAAUGUUACACAAUUACCAUCUUUCGUCCACAAACCCUGACAAUGACACCGGACAGCCUGGAGAAUCCUCGGCACCUGGAGUCGGAGAGUCGCACCUCCCAAAGGUGAACCAAAGUCUUACAUGGAAAGAAAAGUUUCAGCGAGGUCAGAAAUACUCUCAUAUAAAGUACCACUGCAGUAUCUGUCAGAAAAGCUAUAAAGGCUUAAACGUUUGGAGGCACGCUGUCGCUCACCUGAAGAAAAGCAGGAGGUGCAUCCUGUGCGGGAAACGUUUCCUACACCACCAAGGAGCUAAAAAGCAUAUUUGGGAUCACAUUGAGGAGCUGCGCAAGAACAACAAUAAAGAAGUGCAGGAAAUUCCAGCCACAAAUGGAAUGACGAAGGAUCAGACUGAAAAAGUGAAAAAAGUCUCAAAUGUGCACGGCCAGAGACUGUCUAAUGUUAAACAUUCCAAUCUUAGUCGGGAAGAACGAAUCAUUCGAAACUUCCGCUUCCUGGUGAAGAAGUUGAAAAAACACGGCACCAAUGUAGCAAUGCAGUUCAACUUUGAGGACGAGCAAGUCGUCAUCAAAGACAGCCUGGUGAUCGUCAAAAGUCCGCACGUGACCAAAAAGGAGGACGAAGCGGAAGGAGAGGGAGAAAAGCUAGCGGGAGAAAAUGGCUACGGUGUGGACCUCAAGUGUCUCCUGUGCCCCUCCCUGUCGUGCGAUAGAGUCUUCCUGAAAAUCAGCAGCUGCAUGAUCAGGCACGCCACCAGCUGCCAUCUCCACGAGGAUGAAGUUCUGGACAAAACCUUUGUGUGGGCCAAGCACAAGUGCACCUUCUGUUCUAGGAAGAUGCAGAUCCUCCAGCAUUACAAGGAACACAUAAGGCGCCAUGACCCCACCCUGCCUCACUUCUGCUACCAUUCGCACUGCGACCGGCGCUUCUUGACGCCACAGGAACUGAAAGAGCACGUGAAUACCCACAAUCCUUUCCAGCCGCAGUGCGUUUACACCAACUGCGACAGACAGUUCUCCACUUUAAUGAGUCUCUUUGACCACGAAUGGAGACACUACAUCCCAGCGCCUCAUGUCGACUCGAGCGCCAACCGGCUCCAGAGGCGAAGCAUCGAGGCUCCCUGGAAGCAGAAGAUGAAGGUGGAAGAGCUUUGGCUGCAGAAACCAGGACCCAAGGAGAGUUUCACUUCUAGUCGUGUUGUUGAGAACGCUUAUCUUGGAGACCUCAGGGAAACGAGCAAUGUUCCAGAGGAUAACAAUUGUUUGAUGGCAACAGAGAACAGCAAACAGCCUGUCAAUGGGUGUGAGGACAAGACACAAGAACCAAGUCCACCUCAGAGCACCGACGCAGCCCCUCUUAAAAAAAAGAAGUCCCCUACCAAAAAGUCUGUUUCGGACCCCUUGAAUGUCAAGGAACCGGAGAGAGUGACUGGGCUGCCCGAGGUCGUCCAGCACAAGGUGCAUGAGCCCGUCAUCACCGAGCACAAGAACUUCAACCCACAAGAUCACUCUUACCCACCUUCAAGGAAGGCCCCUUUCAUUCGGCCACCGCCCUCCAGCUACAUGGACGAGUCUCUGCUGGCCAUGCGCAAGAGGAGGGACAUCAGCCAGGACUCUCAGACCAACAAUUGUCCGUCGGGCUCAAAAAGCCAGAAGAACCACGAGCCGAAGAUCAGACAUCGAUGCAACAAGUGUCUGUCGUCGUUCAGCAGCGUGGAAGACCUGGAGAAACACACGGCUCUCAACACCUGCUCCGCACUCUUUGGCUUCGACUCGGACGAUGAAAGUUAGUCCGCCACUUCCACCCAAAUCCUCGGUGUCUCAAAACUGCUGAACCAAAAAGUACAUCAAGUCAUUCUGGGGACAGACACACUUAACGUCUUGACCCUGUUCUCUGGACAAACCAGACCUCGACUGUUCCUCAUUGCUUCAGUCCCCAUUCGGUGAUGCUUGAUUCCCAUGGCUAGGCAGGGCUGUCCAGAUUUUGAGGAAGAACCGAUCAAGCCUCCUUGGGUCGGAGCCGAAUCGUCUUAUAUGACAACCUGAACAGUCCAGGCGUGCGAGUGCUUGUCUACGGGAUGCUGUCCCGAUACAACUUUUUUCACUUCCAAUAUAAAUAUUGCAGCCUUGAGUAGCAGCCAAUACUGCUAUCGAUCUGAAGUCAGCAUAAUUGAUACAUAACUUCAUGAGUUAUUUUAUAGUGUGAAAUGUUACAAAAAGGCUUGAUCAAGUGAUAUUACUCAGCCAGCAACAGUGGGUAUCCUCUGUUUUGAACAGGGUUGUUUGUUUUGAGAGGAUCCUCAUGCUGUUAUUUUUGCGGUGCUGCUUCAGAUGCGUAAUGGGCUUGGUGGUUUCUGUGCCGUUACAGGGAAUUGCGCUUGGUCAAGCAUUUUCAUAGUCAUUCUGAUUCGUAAGAUUUUGUCUAUAGUUGACUAGUAGUCGAAUACAAAUACUCCGAUAAACAAAUAAUCAUGGUAGGUAUGCAACGACAGGACCUUUUUUAUUUAUAUAUUUAUUUAGUGACACAGAAAGCAGUUGACCUGGGUCAGGGGUAGGGAACUUAUGGCUCCGGGGCCACAUCUGGCUCUCAGGCAUUUCUUAACACUAUAACAUUUUUGUUGACAUUUUGAAGUAAAACAUUACCAAAAACCAAAGUGUUUACAAUAACAUUAAAUAUAUACUUUCUUAUGCAUUUUAAUCUGUCCAUCCAUUUUCUAUUGCAGCGUGGGUGGCCAGAGCCAAUGCCAGCUGCCCUUCUGAUAUUUCCAGGUCACAAAAAACUCUGUUAUUACUGUAUAAUGCAGUAGGCUACCAUAGAGCCCAAUGAAAUCUAUUUUCUUUCUCAGAUUCCUUUUUAUUUUGCCCUAAAUCCAUGUUUUACUUUUUACUUAUUUUAUCACCAUAGACCAUUCUAGUCUUAUGAUAUGACUGCGAGAUUGAAUCCAAUCAGAUUCUUCCUAAUCAAAUUGUCAGAUAGUGGAAUAGUCUAAGAAACCCUUUAGCUUGCUACUUUAUUCGCACAUUAGCACACUGUUGUGAUCGCAUGGGGCUGGGUGUCUGGAACGGACUGCUUUUAUCAGAGUGCUUUAAUCGCGGAGAUUUUAGAUGCUACCUGAUUACGAUCCUUUUUAAAGAUAUCUGAUCGGGAAAACCCUAGUCCUGGAUUUAAGUCUUGCCUUUCGCUCCAAGUCCAUGUAAGCAGCAGUAAUUGUCUUCUCUUAAACAGUCUUCCCAACGAAUCAUGUAUCACUCUGCAGCAAGAAAGCCUUUGACCUGAGGGUUAAUAUCUGGAAUUUAAUAUGUAGUGUUUUUGUUUCAGAGCUUCCACAUUAGGAUGCAACUUAUUCUAGCAAUCACCAAAAUGUAUGAAAUUUGUACGAAUGUAUAUGAUGUAUAUUAUUUACUAUUUGUAUCAAUGCCAACAUCUAGUCAGUAUUCAACCUUUUAGGGAAUAUGAUUUCAAGAAAGAUUUUGUUUUGAUCCCAUUGGUUGAUUGUGUACAAAUCUAUAAGGUGCUCCUUAUUGUGUAAUAAUUUAUUUUUUGUGGGGCGGGACUGUUUAUUUAUAUGUACAAAUGUAAAAAGGGAUUUGUUAUGGUAGUGACGCCAAAGUAUUUUUGUUACAAAGUGACUAAAAUAUGUUCAAAUUAAAAAAAAAAAA